AGGCGGGCGGGCGCUGCCAGGCGGAGUCGGCGGGGCGGGCCGGGGCGGGCCUUCCCAGCCCGGCCCUUCUGCCGCCGCCCGGGCCUCCUCCUCCUCCUCCUCCUGCUCCUCUUUGUGCGCCCUGGCUGGCGCUCGCGGGCGGAGACCCUCCUGUCGCCCCGGACAGCGGCCCAGCCGGAGGGGCGCGACCCCGCAGCUGCUUGCCAGGGCGGGCGGACCCUGCCCGGACCCGCCGUUCCGCUCACUUCGGGGAGAAGCCGGGGACCCCGCUCCCUCCGCGCUCCUUUCCCGGAGGCUCCUCCGCCGCUGCCCUUUCCUGCCGCUGGAGCCAGAUGCCGCCGCUCUUUGCUGCUUCCGAGCGCGUGUGAGGAGAAAGGGAGAGAUGAACCAUUUCCAGCCGGGGAUCCUACUGCUGCUCUUCCUGCUCCUGGAGGUAAGACAGAGCAGUAUUACUAGGGGUUGCUGUUACUCCUGUUGUCAUUAGAGAGGCUUGGGGUCUGAGUGUCUUCUGCCAUCCCCAAUGUACUCCCAUACAUUUGAAACCUUGUUGAGAUUGAAUGGAGACCCGGACGAUUAGAGGCCAUAUAACAGGCAGGGAAUAGCCUCCUUCUUAUUGAGAUCAUGGGAAGCGAUAUUAUUGUCCCAACUGUGCUUCUCCAGAGUAGCAGCAUUCAGUCCUGUGCAAAUCCUCGCUCCCAGUCUUCCAGCCUGCAGACAGGCUUGCCACCUCCGGCUGGAUGUCACAGGUAAGCGUAUAUAAUUUUCCACAGACACACUCUCCCUUAUGCAAAGCUGCCAUAGGGAGGCUGGGAACUUGAGCAAAGUGAAGGUGGGGCAGGGCUGCUUAGUUAACCCUUUUCCUUCAGGGCAUUUACCUGGAAGUAAUGCCCCCUCCCAAAUUGCUCCCCUUCCCCUGCAGGGAAUAAGACCCAUGACCACUUUUCCUUUUAACUGUGGAGAUAAAAAUAUAUUGGGAGAGGGAUUUUGAGUAGAAAAAUGAUUUGGGGGAAACAGUUAAGCCUGACCCUCUGCCCAUGCAGAGUUCAAGGUCCUAGCCUCCCAUGACAGCUGUUUAUUUUAAUCCAUUUUAUUUUGAGGUUGCACGUAGUUGGACCUGGAGAAGUAGGCCUAACUGGUUUGUAGAUAUGAAGGCAUAUGUUCAUAGAUAGGAUUGAGGACUCCUUCAUUACUAACUGCUGAUGUUAACUCCACAGGAAACUAAAUGUGAUGUCGAUACACAGAUUUGAUACGUCUUAGGUGCAUUUUCAUUUUUAAUCAGCUGUGAAGGUUUUACAGAGUUUUGAUAGCACGGGCCUUGUUUCUUCCUCAUCCUCACCAUUAUGAGUUUUUAUUUAUAGAGAAAUAUCUGAAAUCACUAGCUUCCUGCGCAUUGCAAAUAAAUAUAAUACAAAUUUUAUUAAUCACCAGGAAUCAUUUGUAUUGCAAAAUAAUUACUGUUCUUUUUCAUUAAAGUACUUUCUUAUUAUUGCUUUGUGUCCUCCUCCCAAAUGUGAUCCUGUUACGUAGAUUAAAUUCAGUAGUUAUUUUAUUUAAGUAGAGAGGCCUAGGGCUUUCUGCCUGCUAGGGAAGUCCCACCCCCACCCCCUGGGUACGUAAGGGUAGGCUGUGGCUACUCAAAUAGUGAUUGAAAUAUACUCUACACAUACUCCAAGACAAUUCUUAUCCACAUUUUUCAGAAUCAAGAAUGGAUGUGCUCUGUUGGUACAAUCCAAGAUUGAGUGGCUACUUGGUGACAGGGCCUAACUGGACAUUGUGUGCCAAUAUUUGUAUUAUAAUCCAGAUACUAGAGUGUUGUUGUCAUAAGGAAAGCUGUUGAAAGAGGACCACCAGGAAUGGAGAAGUAAUGUAAGAGGAGCCACUGCUGUCUGACCUUCCUCACUUCAGGUGGCCUCUCAGUCUUCUCUCCAUAUUGGGGGGUGGAGAGGGAACCAGUCUGGCUGUCUGGGAGAGAUUCUUAUUUGUCACAAGUUACAAGUCAAGUUACAGGUGCUUAAAAACCCAGGGAUUUUAGGUGGGGCAAGGGGGCAAAGGAUUCAGCGAAUGCGCCACUGGGUGAUGGUGGAUUGGCGCAGUAAAAGCCCAGCCCCAGCAUUCAAGCAGGUUGUACUGUCUGAAUCCUUGCUCAGUUAAACUGGAGGCAGCACUUCCUUGUUUCAUGAGCAGCGAGUUGAUCCAAAGAAAAAAUAGGAAAAGAAGUUUUCACUGCAAGGCCUGUUCAGGUGCCUUUAUUUAGCCAUGCCAGGAAAGAUUCACUGUGUUUGAGAGAGUAAUUUUCAUGAAUCUUCUUUGGCUACAUCAUCAUGCUGUUUUGCUUUGUUUUAAUCAAAGAGGGUUUAGACUGUUUGUAGCUGGGUCUCUUCUCUUUGGCCUAUUUGCCUUUGUAAAGCACUUAAGGCAUUUUCCUAGAUUCGGCACUGCUUAAUUUUGCGUAAUAGAAGCCGUGAUUAGGUAGUACGACCCCCACCAUCACCACCACCACCUAUUCAAACCAUAGGGUGGCUUAGGAGAAUUCUUCCAGCUUCAUAAAUGGGGUCUGUCUGUUUUACGACUCUAUCUUUGAUUGAUCUGUAAAGACGAAUAGCCAGAAGGACUGUAUUGCUGGAAGGAUUUUUUAAAUUUAAGCCUGGUAUUUCACCCAUGCCCCUUGAUUUUGACAGAAUCUGUAUUGUGUUGUAAUAUAUGAAACCACCUCUAGGAAGUUCUUUGUGGGCUGUGAUUUGACACAAUGGCCCCUAGGCAGAGGUCAACUACCCUAUCACUGAACUGUAUUGAUUCAUGAGGCGGUGAAUCUCCCCAAUAAUUUUGCAAACACUGUGUUUACACUCCUUCUUUGCCCUAUCAUAGGAGGUAUCCAGGAACAUAAAUGUCUUCUUUCUGUUAGUUAUGGGAUUUCAGAUUGCAUGUUCAUCGAAUGAUCAAAACAUAUGGAUCACUCCAUAUUAAGGAGUCAUCAUGAACACACUUGUCAGUGCAGAUUUCUAGAUUGAUCGACUGCACACAUUUUGUUGAACUCUGAGCUGGGGGUAUUGAUGUGUGUAUUGUGUAUAUGGUGGUGGAGGAAGAAGCAAUUUGCAGCUCUUUUCAUCAUUAUCAUGGGAAACUGGAUUUGCACAUAUGACCUGAGUGGCUUUUCACAUGCAAGGUGUGUGAAAAGUCACAGAAAAAAUGGUAGCUUUUCCCCACUUCCUCUCAUUGCAGAAGCUGUCCACAUGGGUGGGUGGUGUGAGAUACAGAGACCCAAGUUCUGUUUCUUUUGCCUCUGGAAAUCAGAGGUGGUUUAUGGUGAUCCCUUUUCUGAAAUGCACAAGGGUAUUUCUAGUCCUAAUCUUUCUGAUCUCAAGUUCCCUGUGUAAUAGAACAGAGAAACUCAUAAAUAUUCUGUCCAUGGAAGCAUUUACUUUAGCUUGGCUCCAAAGGCUCCUCAAAGUCCACUAGGAACUUAAUAACUGUCAAUCAUCCCCUGCUUCCCCCACCCCAAGGAACGUAAUCAGAAUGUGCAACAGUGAUUGCCCAGCAAAGCACAUGGCAGCACAAUAGAAGAUUAAGCUUUCAAUGUUCAAUCCAUUUAGGAGAAACCCUGCAGUAUUCCUUGUAAGCUUUAAUUGACUUUAUAAACAGGGUGUUUCAGCAUAAGUUGUUAAUGCUUCAUGUACAUGUUUUGCUUUUUUUGGCUGCUAUACCAGAAUUUCCUUUGAUCUAAGCAUUUAGGGUCUCAACACACCUGGAGUUUUCAGGGAGUGUGCAUGGCUUCUAGGAAGACUCAGACCUUCUUUUAUAAUGGAUUUUUGGAAUUUAGUCCCCUCCCCCUUUUAAAGAAACAAACACUCAUUUAUCAUUGACUGGGUUGUGUUGUAUAUAUGUUCAUUAUAUUCUUCCCAUAUGAGCCUUUCUGGGUCUUAAGGUCAUCUGCUGGGGCCCUCCUCAGAGUGCUACCUCCAGUGGAAGUGUUUUUUGCAGCACCGAAGAGACCUCUCUGGAGCUGAAGCCUGGGCAGUGUGUAUAGAACUCCUGGGCUGCCCCAACGAAAAUGCCUCCCUCUCAGCCUUGCUGAUGUACUUCAAGCUUGACUGCAAAAGUUGCCAGAAAGAGGCAUACAAGCAGUGUUCAAAAUUAGCCAGGCACGAGGUGCAUUUUUGCACCUGGCUUUUGAUGCGGGUGGCGCUGUGGGUAAAACCUCAGUGCCUAGGACUUGCCAAUCGUAUGGUCGGCGCUUCGAAUCCUCGCGGCGGGGUGAGCUCCCGUUGUUCGGUCCCAGCUCCUGCCCACCUAGCAGUUCUAAAGCACCCCUAAGUGCAAGUAGAUAAAUAGGUACCGCUUUAUAGCGGGAAGGUAAACGGCGUUUCCGUGUGCUGCGCUGGUGCUGGUUCGCCAGAGCAGCUUCGUCACGCUGACCACGUGACCCGGAAGUGUCUCCGGACAGCGCUGGCCCCCGGCCUCUUAAGUGAGAUGGGCGCACAACCCUAGAGUCAGACACGACUGGCCCGUACGGGCAGGGGUACCUUUACCUUUACCUUACUUUGACCACUUGUGACCAAGUGAAGAUGCCUGGGUGCCAGGAUGGCGCGUGAUACCUCCAUCACCUGGAGGUGCAUGCCUAGGGAUCAUUGGAUCUGGACUGUUUUUAGAUACCAAUACCCCAUCCUGUAGAAUUCUAUCAGUUAUGUGUUAUAUGCACAAUCAGAAUGAAUUUUAGGAACCAAAAUGCUUUUUCUGUGUAGCCUGAGCAGGCACCAUUAAGAAAAAGAGGUGGGAACAGGCCAAUAUAUAUGUGGAUUGUCCCUGGAUCUUUUAAGUUCUUCUUUAAGUUCUCAGAGCUGUUAACCUAGCUCAAGGUUGUCACCUGAAUUUGCCAGAUGUUUAACUGACCAUCAAUCACAGUCAGUCCAUCAUUUGAAAAAUAAGACUUUAGAACUGCUCUGGUCAGACCUCAUCUGGAGUACUGUGUCCAGUUCUGGGCACCACAGUUCAAGAAGGACACUGUUCUUUGAGUCAUAGCUUUUAGCCAGCAUACAAUGAGGUCUGCUGGGUUUCGUCCUUUUUCGGGGAAGUUUUGGAAGUGGAUGUUGCAAUGUCUACUGCGAUCUUCGAGGUCUGCUUGUUGAGUUCUCAUUUAUGUACUUUGUUUCCAGGUGGCUUACCAGUUCAGCCAAUUCAUUUUUCACACGUGUGUUUAGAGCCUCUCAGUACCACUCUAUUAGUCUUUCUUGCAUUUGGUUUUUAUUUUCUAGAGUGGAGAUGGUCCUAGUCAGGGUUUCCACUUUGGAAGUCAGGUUGCUGAGUCACUGUGUUCUUCGGUAGUUCUGCUAGUCUUUGUUCUGUUUUCCUCAGGUCCCAUUUUGUUGUUGGGUUGUUGUCAUCCUGGGGGGAUGUUGUGGUCUCAGUGCUGUUCACCACCUCCCUGGUUGGUGCCAUCUCAGUCCCUCUGGUUUGAGAUGUGUGUGGUGUCCCUUUGGAGCGGAGUGUGUUGUAGUUAGGAGUUUUGGUGGUGAUGGUUCCUGGAUGUUGUUGAGUUGCUGAGUUGAACAGACGCAGUAGACUGGUGGCUUUUGCAGAGUGUCAGGAUUAGGCUGCCAUUUUGUCAUGUCUGGGCUGUGUUUUAAGGGUCACUGUAGUCACCUCAGCUGUGUUGGUGAAGCGGGAAGCAGACAAGCAGACAGGCAGACAGACAAGCAGACGGACAGACCAACAGUUGACAUAAAGGGAUUAACAAGCAGAGAUGCAAGAGACUGAUGGGGUGGGGCCAGAGGGAGGGUGUGUGUUGAGGGGGCUGUUUGUGGAUACACACACGCCUACACACUCAUACCACAAAUGAGGGAGUGGGGUCCAGUUAAGGGUGGGAAGUGGGGUUAGGGCUUUGUAGUAAAAAGUUAAAAAUUAAAGGCUGGCAAGGUUGUAUUCAAAAAAACAAAAAGGGGAAAGAAGGUGGGGAGGAAAGGGAAAGUAGAGGGAAAUAAAAAAGAAAAAUAAAGGGGGCAAUUAGUAAUAGUAAUGAUAAAAAAAUGCAGUGGUGAUUCAAGUUAUAGUAUGAGGUAAAAGACCACAAAAGGGGGAGGUACUAUUGAAAGUAGAUGGGGAGAUAUAUGUAUGUAGGUAUGUUAUUUAUUUAUUUAUUUAUUUAUUUAUUUAUUAGGGGGGGAAGGAGAGAAAAGAAAAGAGAGAAGAAGGAGGGGGAUGGAAAGAGUAGAAAGUUUAGGAGUUAAGAAAGAAGAAGAAAACAUGUUGAGGUGUGGUAUCUGAAAGUUUUUUUUAUAUCUAUAUAUAUAUUUAUUUAUCUAUCUAUAUAUAAAAUAAAAAGUGUAUUGAAAACCGUUUUGAGAGGGGGCAUUAUUAUUUACUUAUUUAUUAUAGAUGAUAGAUAGAUAGAUAGAUAGAUAGAUAGAUAGAUAUAGAUAUAUACACUUUAAAGAGGAAAAGGAAAGAGAAAGAAGGAAAAAUAAUAGCAAUAACAAUAAAGUGGAAUAAAAAAUUUGGGUGGGAGGAAGAAAGGUGAUGAUAAUAAUGGAAGGGCAGGGAGGGAGGGAGAAAAAGACUGUCCGAUUUCUCCCUCAUUUAAUUUAAAAAAAUAAAAAUAAACAAAUAAAAAAGAAGAGGGAUCAGGGCUGAAGCUGUGGUGGCAGGAAGUGGCCUGUGUUGGUUUAGGGCCUCCUUAUGGGGACCGUCAUUUUAAUUCUUGAGAGUUAGAAUGAAUGAGUGAAUAAUGUAUUUAAAAUAUUUUUUUUAAUUAAGAAAAGAAUUUUUUUGGAUCCUGUGUCCGUUUCCAUCCACCAGCCGGGGAGGGGCCGCCCAGCGCCUGUCUUCUCCCAGGCAAGACCUUCUUCUCCCCAAUGGGCCCCUUCCCACUUCCCUUGCGCUGGUCACCAGAGAGGUUAGCUUGGGGCCAGGUUUGGACUGGGCUGCCCACUUUUAUGCGGCCCCCCUGGCUCUCUCUCUCAAUGGCUGCAGCAGCGGCUGUGGUGGCGGAGGCUGGUGAGCAUUCAGCUGAGGAGUUGUCUGCUCAGCUCCGGAAGCCUCCAGACCUCUGAGCUCUGCUGGAUCACUUAUGGGGCAAUCCCAGUCCUGGUGGAGCUGAGGUCAUAGGGGGUUGGGGGCUCCACACAGCCCUCUCGACCUUCACGUUGGCCCCCCUGGCUCCCCCCUGCUUGUGGCAGCAUUGGUGUUGGUGGUGCGGGGACCGGCCAGAGCACCCUGUUGGUCUUGGCAGUCCCUAUGAGCUCAGCACGGCUGUUGCACUCGCCAUCUUGCUUAACCCAGGCCUCUGUUAUGGCUUUGAAGGCCAAAUGGGAGAGGGAGCAAGUUCUUAAGGCCCAAUGCAGAGUUGGAAGGGACCCUGAGGAUCAUCUAGUCAACCCCCCUGCAAUGCAGGAAUAGGCAGCUGUCCCCUGCAGGGAUCGAUCCUGCUACCUUGGUGUUAUCAGCACUAUGCUCUAACCCAGGCUUUCUCAACCUCGGCCCUCCAGAUGUUUUGGCCUACAACUCCCAUGAUCCCUAGCUAGCAGGCUGAUAAUUGUUCCAUUAUAACCUGUUCCAUUGUUCAUUCUAAUUAAAACCAAUGCUUACAGGAAGAGGCAAUUGUCACAGGAAGAGGUAAUGGCCAGAAAUUAGUAAGGGUUCAGAAUGCUCAAACAGGAAGGGACAGCCACUAUGUUGGCAAUACAGAGAGCAGGAGACCAAGUGUCUGGUUGCCUAGGUGAUGCAGAAGGAAAUACACAUCCCAACCAAAGCAGCCUGGCUCUGCUGAUUUCUGAAAUGGAGUCUUUCUCUUUUGGAAAUGGCGAUAGCUACAGCAUGUCAAACAGGCCGGCCUCUUUGCUGUUGGGGGAAUGAAAAUGCACUAGAUUAAUUUUACUUUCAAACACUGCCAUCUCCAAGAUUUUGGAAAUGCACAUCUGAAUAUAUUUUCAGAACCGUAGAUAACAAUGAAAAGAGGGCAACACUGAGACAAGCAGAGACAAGUAAAUCAGUCUCUGUGCUUGUGAAGAAAAAAUUUGUGAAGGCAGAAAAGAUUAAACUGAAUGUUCCCUUGAUUUACUUCUGCUGAAGAGGUGGUUUAUCAAUAUUUUCUGAAGAGUUUUCCCCAGAGGCCCCCCACCACCAUUCCUAUAUUGUAUUAAUAUUAAUUACAGUCUGCUGCUAUAAUUGAAUGUUUUCUGUUCUAUCCUGUGUGAUAAAGUAAUCAAAAUUUGAUCAAGCUGGUCUAAAUCUGGUCAGAGGCUGCAUUAAGAAUAGAGAAAGGCAUAAUUCUAAGAGCAGUGGGACUUGUUUCUCAUAGCAUCCAAUACAAACAUAGCAUUCAUUGACUCAACGUGAGCUCUGAAAAAACAAUUCUGCAAAUGCCCAGCAGGGUUCAGCUGAAACAGGGCAAAAUUAACUAUGGAUGAUGCACAUUGGCUAACAAACUUGAUUUCACUAGCCCCAGCCCAGAACAUCUUUGAAAAUGUGUUUGCAGAUUUAUUUAUCUUUUAGAAAAUGAAACAGGACAUUUAUGUCUGAGUAUAUACAUGCUGCUCUGAAAUAUUAAAACAAGGCAAGACAGGCUUCCUAAAGCCUGAAAGGAAGGGGUGAAAUCAAUGGCUGAACCUGUGUUAUAAUUCUGGUGGGCAUGAAUGCAAAGCAAGUUGCAAAACUGGGACCAUUCUGUAGUCCUGUAGGACAACAUGGGGAAUUCUUGCAGGCUUGUAUGGUAGUCACUGGGAAGCAAGGACAUGAUGAGCUUCAUGGCAGCCACUGAAAUUAGCAGCCCAACAUCUUGUUUCCUCCUUCUCCUUGUACAAUACAGUACAACUGCAACUUAUGCACACUUAACAUGUGCGGUUUCAGCUUUAUACGGUUGAAGGCCAGCCAGUUAGACUCACACAAAUUAAAUGCACAGAAGGCAGACAGCCUAAAGGCCUUUUGCAUGCCUGGUCAGCCUCCUACCCAGUGUUAAUAAGUGGAAGAAAGUUGCAACACAUAAGCAUCACCUAACAUUUUCAGUUAAUCAACUGCAUGUCAAAAGUUUUUAAUUAUCAAAGAUAAGAUGAGGGUGGUUUAGGAUGAAAUGUGGUGUAUAUAAACUGAAAAAUGAAAAAAAAAAAGUUGUGGAUUUGGAAAAGAGUCUGCAAAAUAACUGAUCAAAACAUUUCAGUACCAAUGGAUUUUUUUUGGUGGGAGGGUUGCCAUGUGUCCAGAAUUUCCCAGACAUACAUGGAAUACUGCAGUCAGUGUCCGGACAUAUGGCAACCCAUUGUCAUUUUUGCCGAUUUCCCUCAAUAACUUUGGGUAAAAAAAUAUUAAAAAAUGCAACAACUUUGCCAAAAAAAGCUCAGGCAAUCCUAAAUUAGUGGCGAUGGUAGGUCUGCCAAGUAUUCUAGUUUUCUUGUAGCUCUUACUUUACCUAGGAUUCAAUCUUCUUAAUUCUGUUUUUGUGGCUGUAGCUUUACUGAAGUGCAUCAAUGAGUUAAUGGGUCAAUGUAUUCUUCUGUCACAGCUGAUAGAUUAUUAUGGGUACACUAAACGUUUAAGCUAGAAAUAAUGUACAUUUGUAAUAUAUUUCAUGCAGAAAUCUUAGUGCACUGUGGAAAUGUUGAUUAAACCUGAUUACAUGGAAAUUGCAUGCAUGAGUAGCUUUAGAGUGGAGGCACAGAGCAAAGUAGGAUUAUAAACAAAAGCAAUUUACUUGAGAGAAAGUGUGUGGAGGGGAAGGAAGACACGCAAAGGCUACCUGCGUGAUCAGAUUUGGGCAGUCAUUCUAGUGUUUCCAUAGCCAUUAUUUUUGUAGCAUUGCCAAUGCCUUGUCUUUAUUGAUUACAUUUCUUUUAAUAUCUUAUGAAAUUCCAUCCAGUCAUAGAGCCAUCUUUCUCGGCUAGUUCUUGAGGUCAUUAUGGCUAUGUUUUUGCCAAUGCUCAGCAGUCAGAAAGGGACUUUGCCCAAGUAAAAUGGAGGCAGUGCAAGACUGUGUGGUGCUUCUUCUAACUUCCAAGCACUCAGUUUAACAUGAGUGAGUGUCCUCCUCUAGUGGUCUUUUAUGUGCAGACAGCUUGAGGGAUGUGUGAAGGCAGAGGACAUUAUAUGGACCAGGUAGGGUGAGUCUCAUGCAAGGGUACAUCUCAGAGGGGAGUCUGGGCCACUCUGUCAGUUUAUGGGCCUUGCCUUGGGAGGGGCCUCAAAACCUUAGAGCCAGCUCUAGGUUCAUCUGGUUUCUACUUUGAUGAUGAUGACUUACUAAUAUUUAUUAAAUUUGUAUACUGUCCUUCAUCUGCAGAUCUCAGGGUGAUUCACAAGAUAAGAACACAAAAUACAUAAGAAAAACAAGAACAAAAACCAAUAACCCCCCACCCCUCAAGAACACAUUUAAAAGGCCAUAGAUUGUUUAAUCAGCUGAAGGCCCUGGUUAUAGAGAAAUGUUUUUGGCUGGUGCCUAAAGAUAUGCAAUGAAGGUGCCAGGCGAGCCUCCCUGGGCAGAACACUCCACAAGCAGGGAGCCACUGCAGAAAAGGCCCAUUCUCGUGGUUGCCACCCUCCAGGCCUCUCAUGGAGGAGGCACACAAAGAAGGGACUCAGAUGGUGAUUGCAUGGUCCAGGUGAUCCUUAACUCCAGGGCAUAUUCUGGCCACAACGAAAAUUCUGAAGUCCAUGUGUUAAUCAAGUUAGUUAAUCAAGUUAAUCAAGUUCCUAGUUCACAAUAUCUAAUUGCUAGAAUGCAGUUCCAACUUUUAGUGGUGUCAAGAUUUAUUAAUGCAUAUUACUUUUAGCACCCUGUUAUACUCAUCAGCAGACUGGCUAAAUAAAAGAAUUCAUUACACUCCAUGCCCAAAUGUGAAGCUUGUUCUUCCUGAAAUUCUAGACCCUUUACCCCAGUUUCUUUCUCACUUUAUUUGCCCUUGGUUAUCUGUAUAGGCCAUGGGAUGCUGUCUGACUGUUGGGACUAUUGGGAGGCAGGCAGACAGAAAACCAAGAGGGGAGGGGAGCAGAAUCAUGUGUCCUGGAAGAGGGCCUGGCUGGCUGGCUGGCUGGCAGCCUGGAAGAGAGGAAAGGCCCAUUCCACACUGGCAUUUUGUUGCAAGUCUCAUUUGUGUUUUUGUUGCUCAAGUCUCCUUAGUCUUAGUUUCGUUUAGUAGUUCAUAGAAGAUACUAUUUGGCCCCAGAGCUCCUUUGUAUUGUAUCAGGAUGUGUAUCUCAUUUGCAUGUCUGGCAAGGAAAAUAAUGGUGCAUUUAAAACCUGUUUCUGUACCUGAGAUGCCUAUGCUUAUUUGGUUGUUGAACUGCAGAAAUGAAAAUGCUAUCUAUCUAAAUGUUAUUUAUCUAAAUAAGCAUCACAGAUGCAUGGCAGAACACAGUAGCAUUGAUAAAGGCAAAAUAUUGUAGUCACAGGGCUGCAGUUUUAUUAUCUGGCUCUUGCUAAUUGUUCCUCAUUGUGAAGCUCAGUUUCAACAUUUUGCAGAAAAUGUAAUAAUAGAUCCAAUAAAACUUUCACUCUUUACAUUUGAUUACAUUGGAUUACAUGUUGGGACUAGUAGGGAAAAUGCUAAUGAGAGUUCUGUCUGAUUUGGGGGAGACUGAAGUAUAAAACUGCCAUUGUUUUAUACAUUAUUUUAUAGAGCGAUGUAACAAACUCCUGCCUCAAUAAUCUCUCAGUGUGAACACUGACAGAGACAACAGAGAAAGGAAGAUGGAAGAAUAUAUGCAAAUACAGUUACAAGUCUUUAGACCCGAUUCUGUAGGGGAGAGAGCUAAGGCCUUAUGGCAAAGGAUUUGCAGGAAAGGUGGGUUUUGAGGAGGGAUUCAAAGACAGAGAAUGAGGUGAUUCCAUGCCUCAUAGGUGUUCUGCGGAAGCAGGAAGUUAAAAGCAAAUUCCCCCCUCUUCAAGCUGGCAUAGUUUUCAGCAUAGUGCCAAGCUGCAUUUCUGCCACUGUGGAAGUGAGACAAGUAAUAUACAAGUCUGAGGUGACACAAAUCAUGGCUUUCCAUCAGUAUUUUUCCAGAUCAAAAGCCACAUCCUUUAUUGAAGACUCAGACUGUACAUUUAGUAGAGUGGCACAGUUAUUUUAAACAACCGUCCCUCCCUCGUUGUAUUUAAUGUUGUGUAAGGAGAUUUGCACGGUACAGAUUAUGUAAAACAGAGAUUAUGUAACAAAAGUGCUUCUGUAAAUCUGUUCCCUGCAGAGGCUUGAGAAUGGGUGGGUGAGAAUGUUUCCUUGAGCGCAGUGUGACAAACCCAGUAUGUAUACAGUUGGGAGGUCAGAUUAAUGAGCAAUAUAAACUGUGUCCAAAUAAGGAAGAUUUAACUUCAGUGCUUUGCUAAAGUGCCAAACAUUCCAGGAUGUGGAAGAUGCUAGUUUGGUUCGGCAUAGCUAUAUAUCUGCAAGACUGUGUUUAGCUUGUAUAGCUGAAAAAUGGCCGUACCCAUUAGAUACUGCUUGUUUUCCUAAUUAGAUCGAGUGCCAGCAUUUGCUUGACAGGUGUUAGCCACGUGGCCAUUGGCAAGUGUAGCAUGCCCAGUCUCCUAGCCAACAGGAGAUCGGUAGCGCACUGUAACUUUCUCAUUUUCCUCUUCCUUUCUCAUAAGCAAAUUUCCUCUGUCUCUUCCAUGUUUUGCUUUAGCCCUAGUGUAUGGUGUAUUAUUAGGGACGUGGGUGGCGUUGUGGUCUAAAUCACUGAGCCUCUUGGGCUUGCCAAUCAGAAGGUCGGCGGUACAAAUCCCUGUGAUGGGUUGAACUUCUGUUGCUCUGUCCAGCUCCUGCCAACCAAGCAGUUCAAAAGCAUACCAGUGCAAGUAGUUAAAUAGGUGCUGCUGGAGCACUCUGCUUUCCGUCAUGGUGUUCCGUUGCGCCAGAAGCAGUUUAGUCUUGCUGUCCACAUGACCCAAAAAGCUGCCUGUGGACAAACACCAGCUCCCUCGGCCUGAAGUGAGGUGAGCACUGCAUCCCAUAGUCACCUUUAACUGGACUUAACCGUCCAGGGGGUUGUAUAGAUUAUUAUUAUUAUUAUUAUUAUUAUUAUUUAUACUAAGUUUCUCUCAGGGCCACGUUUACAUGAUAUUUCAUGGCAGGACCACAUUGCUACACUAACCCCAUAGAAACAUUUGUGUUACAAUUUUAUUUCUUGCCAGUUUUAAUCAGUGUUUUCUCUUAAGCUGAUUUGUGGUUGUGCUCAUGUUCCCGCACCAUACGUCUCUAUUUCUUAGCCCCCCCCUCACCCUCCCAAACUUUUUUUUCUCAGUCUGUACCACAAUAAGUUUUGAGUGUGCUCCUGGGGUCCCAGGGCUUGGUGGUGGCCAGGAGUGUGUUUGUACCAUUAUGUCUCGUGCACCAGCGGCACCCUUGAGGUGCUGGAUCUGGCCACAGAGAGGCAUGCCUUUGUUGCAUCCUGACUGGACUCCGGAUACAAGCUCCACAUGGGGCGGUCUUUGAAAAAUGUUCAGAAGCUUCAGAGGUUCCAAAAUGCUGCAGUCACACCCCUGACUGGGAGGGCUUGGCAAUGUGUCAAUACAUCAUCCAACACCAGUUUGUUUCAAAAUAAUUUAGCUGGCAAUGUAUUGCAAAGCACAGCCUUUAAAAAAUCCAGGGGGCAGUGUAAUUGUAAGCCUCUGGUGGCUGGCUGGCUGCCUUCCCUUUUGGCUCCCUUUCCCCUCUGAUGGCAGAACAGUUCCAUGCCCAGCCUUGGCGCCUCCCAAUAACUGUGGUAUCUCUACCCAGUGCAGGAAUCGUAGCUGGCUGCUUCUUCCUUCUCUCUGUCUAGGGAGGAGCGGAAGGAGUUCGCUCUCUGAACGCAAGGGCUCGCCUUCCUUUGAGAGGAGGAAUCCACAGUGCAGAUAGCACAUACCUAUUAAGCUCCUUGACUGCUCCUUCGCCCAAUCUCCCCCUCCCACCAGCAUGAACGCCAAAGACAGCUCCUUUGUCUGAUCUCUACCCCCCCCAUAGUUCCAUGUUUCAGACAUCAUGAUAUAUCACUAAAUCAUGAUGUUUAGCUAGUGAUAUAUCAUGUUGUUGAAAACAGAUAUCACUCAACCCUGGUUAUGUCCUAUAACACCCUAUAUGGCUUGGGAUCACAUAUCCUGGGUGUUAAAAUCUUUGGGUGAGCACCUUCUUGGAUGCGGUGCAUCAAAAUGGGAGGCAUGGUUGGUGGUGACAUGUGGAAUUUCCUCCCACAAGAGGUUAGACUGGCUCUCUCUUUGCUGUCCUUCUACCGGCAGGCUAAGGCUUUCCUAUUCAAGUUACAGGUAGGUAGCCGUGUUAGUCUGCCGUAGUCAAAACAAAAUAAAAAAAAUCCUUCCAGAUCUGAAGAAGUGUGCAUUCACACGAAAGCUCAUACCAAUAACAAACUUAUUUUUUUUAUUUUGCUUUCCUAUUCAGACAGGCCUUUGAAAACAAUGCCGGCCACUGGGCUGCUGCCAGAGCAAACUGCACUUUAAUGCUAGUUUUAAAUGCAUUUUUGGUGUAUUUUAACUACUCCUUUUAACUAGUUUGUUUUUAUUACUUUGUAUUUUAUAAUUAUGUGUUUGAAUUUUGAAUCUCAGUGUGGUAAGAAUUUACCUCUACAUCACCUGUUCUUGCCCAAGUGAGGGAACACUGUUAAAUAAAGCAUGGAACCAGGAGAAAAAUAGCAAGCUUAGUAGUCCAGGGACCAAGUUUAUUAACAAACCAUCAAUUAGGAAGGACUGUCCAGAAGAGAUAGGUAAAAGGUAAAGGCAAAGGACCCCUGGAUGGUUAAUUCCAGUUGAAACCGACUAUGGGGUUCGGCGUUCAUCUCCGCUUUCAGGUUGAGGGAGCCAGCAUUUGUCUGCAGACAGCUUUUUGGAUCAUGUGGCCAGCAUGACUAAACCACUUCUGGUGCAACAGGACACCAUGACGGAAGCCAGAGUGCAUGGAAAUGCUGUUUACCUUCCCACUGCUACGGUUCCUAUUGAUCUGCUCACAUUGGUAUGCUUUCAAAAUUCGACUGGAGCUAACCGUACAAGGGUCCUUUACUUUUUUUUAACCUUUAUAUAUAACACUGCACAUAGAGCCAUAAAACAUCUUAAACAUCCUUCUGCAUAUAUCAAUAAAGGUUACAAUUCAUGGGAUGUAUACAUUCAUGGCUCCAUACUGAUAUCAACUUCCCACAUUUACAUUGGGGAGCCCCAAGCCAUUUGGUCUCAACUAUCACACUUUAACCUAGUUGCCUUGGCAACCAGACCUUCAUUGAGAAUGGAAGAGGGUCUCCCAUCUCCUCUUUCUAGGCCUCAGAUAGCUUCAAGGAGAAAAGCUGGUUGUCACCCAGAUGCUAAUCCAACAAAUAACUUUCAGCAAAGCAUCAUUUGCCCCUCCAGGGUCAGAUAAGGCAAGAAGGCUGGUAUGCAGUGUUUACACAGAAAUACACAGUUACAAAAUGCAGGCACACAGGAAUCAUUCAUUGAUGCAUUCUAUCUAAAAGGUUAAAUGCAAUAAAUAUUGAAACCAUUAAGCAAUAUCAAAAUCUAGAUCUAAGGCCGGAUUGAAUCACCAGUUUGGGAGAGAGGCAAGUUUAUAUAAAUGCAUAAUAACAAACGUGUUAAAUGACUCAGGACUGCAGAUUCAUCAGGUAUUUAAGCUGGACCAGUUCACUCCUCCUGACCUUUGAUAUGUUCUAUCUAUAGAAAAUGGUUCUAUUUAAGCACAUAAAGCUUAUUAAGAUAAGAUAAACCAAUCAUAAAGAUGCUUCUGUGUUAAUGAAGAAAUAACUAAGCAGUGUUGCACCUGGGGAAAAUUAUGCUAGCUAAACCUGGUUUGGAGCUAACCAAGACCAUUGUCGGAACCAAAAGUCACAGGUGCAUUCACAUAAUGGGAAUUAAUAGAGCAUGAACAUGUAGGGUCUCCUGAUUUCUUGUCUAUACCUGGUUUUACAUCUGCAUUGAGUCCACAGGCUUUCCCUAGCACUAAAAUUUAUUAAAACGGGUUCUUGAUGCAAUGCAAAUAAAAUAAAAUAGAUAGUGGGUCUUAUCCCCUUGCCUGUGAAUCUUUGUAAAUGCAGUACAUAGUAAUUAGAGUGAUAGCUGUAAUUAUGUUGUCAAGUAUGCAUUUUUCCCUUAGCAGCAAUGAAAUUGAUAUAAUAGAAGCUAUAUUUUACAACAUGAGGUGGGCACAGAUUCUGUUUUGAGACACACCCAAGUGCAUAGGGGUCAUUCUGUUGCACAUGUUGGGAAGCCUUUCCCAUUGAAAUGAGGGUCAGACCGUGCAUAUUUCCCCACCCAACCCCCACUCCUGAUUUUAGUUGAAUGGAAAUAUCACUAUUUUUUCAUUUUGUAAUGUUUUUAUGCAUUACAGAGCCUUUCAGAAAAACUGUUACAAUUCCUCCUAAGUUCCCCCACAAUUCAUGCUUCUAUAUAUUUUGGAACGUGAUUUUUCUGUCUGUCCUUUUUAUCUUUUUUCUUUUUUUGUUUUCUAUACGUUUGGAUGCCUCUCAAGGUAUUGGCACCAAACUUGGCAUAAAGUUUCGGAGGGGGGGGCGUCCUUCGUUGAGGUUUGGACAUCAGUCACCAUUUUGAAUCUUGCCUGUUAAGAUAUUGUCAUGAAACUUGACAUAAGGAUUCCCAAGGUGGGCAACAAUCUUCAUUGCUUAUUGAACACUUGGCACCAUUUUGAAUCAAGAUGAUAGACCAAAACAUAGCUUUGUUGCUUGUGAUUUUUUUGCACAGGUUUGGCCACUUCAUGAGAUGUUGUUGCCAAAUUUCCUUCCUAAUUUCACCAUCUGCAAUUAGGGCGGAGAAUAUUUGGGUGGGCCUUUUUGCUCAUAUCCUAUAGAAAAUGGUCUAUUUGGGUUAAGACAGUGAUAAAAUGUUUGGUUAGAGAUCUACCCCAUCCCAAAAUAUAGUUAAUAUAGUGCAAUGAUGGAAUGAAUAUUAAAACAUGUUUAUGUCUGUAAUGUAGAUGUUCUCUUUGGUUUUAGUCUAGUCCUAGGCAACAAGAUUGGUUCCCAACAAGCAUGAGAUCUCUAGAUGUGGAAAUAUGGUUUGGAGUAAUGUUCAUAGUGUGUAUGCAUUUCUUAGUUAGUAAUUUUAGUUUGUAUUGUAUGUAAACAUAGAACAGUGCUUAAUGCUGGGUCCCAAAAUAAAGCCCAGCUAGUUCAGUAUUGUCAUCGCUGAUUGACAGUAGCUCUCUAGCACUUGCUAGUACUACCUGUGAAUUCCAGGGAUUGAGGCCAGGAACUUUUUGCAUGCAAAGUGUGUGCUCUACCACAUCUUUGCAAACUGGGAGCUCUGCUGAAAGGCAGUAUAUUCAUCAUUUAAAUUAACAGAUAAGAUGCCACUGGGCUACAGUGCCCUUGAAAGUAGUUUGUAAACUAAAGUUAGUACAAAAUAUAGCAGCUAGAUUACUAACUGGGCCAGGACAUAUAGAAUGCACCUCACCAAUUUUAAAACUAUACUGUCUCCUCAUUUGUUUCUUAGUCCAAAUUUUGGUCUUAACCUUAAAAUUCCUAAAUGUCUUGGGAACAGACUACCUUAAGAGUAGAACCCAUGAGUGGCUCUACAAUUUCUAGACUAAUUCCAGGAAGCCUGGAAGUCAUGCCCUCUGACCUGGAAGUAUUGUCCUCUGUUCAAAGUGUGUAUGGAUGCCAAGCUAUUGUACUCAAAGCAGGUUUUAGCUCCAAAUUCUGUUCGAAUUGUGGCUCCCAUUACAUUCUGAACUUUCUGUAGUGUGUUUUCAGGAGUGAAGAUUGAGACCUAAUUCCAGAAUCUGGCUGCAUUAACUAGUUUAAAAAUGUGGAUUACUACAUUGCUUUAAAAUUGGGGGUGGGUGGAUUUGCAAUGUGGAAUGAUAAAGGCUGGUCACACACAAGCCUCUUUCACUGUCAUAUGAACAUGGAUGCAGACUGUAUUCAAGUCUUUAAUGGAAAAUGCAUGACAGACUCAUCAGCUGUGCUGAUAAGAAGCAUGCUUUGCUCACAAGAUGCUGAAUGUGGUCUAAUCCCUGUCUCUCUGUUUCCUUUCUUUGCUCAUUGCCCUGCGUUUACAGUAACCUAUUGAGAGCCUUGGAACUAGUUUAAAGGUCUCAUGGGCAGCGCAGUGCUCCAUGCUGUGGAUGCUGCUGUGUUAGAACAAAUGUUCCUUGGUCUUAGCCUUGUGGGUGGAAUAAUAAGCACAUUAAACAACUGCAAGUGGAGGAACGGAGAGCAUUUAGCCUAAUGGCAAGAACAUUGAAAGGGAUAGGCUGAGAACUAGGAAGAUGUAUUGUUUGUGUUUUCCUUCAGGACUUGACUGUUGCAAUAUGCACUCUUGCAGAACGAAACACUCUUGAUCAGGGGAACACAGAGCAUCAGUGCUCCAGCAUCUGUGCUGGCUCUCUCAGCAUUCAAGGCAGCAUCAUUCAAAACUCUGGUUUUACUCUCUGAAGCUCUAAGUAGUUGGCAGAACCACAAGCAACUGGGUUUGUGCCCUGGAAAGGCCCCAGCUAGGGUGCCCAAGAUAUUUUAAACUUUAAAUCCCUUCUUUUGAAUUGAUGCAAGGAAUCCUACCAUAAACAAUUAUAUGGUUUAUAUUUUGUCCCCCUGGGUGAGAGCCCAUGCUAGCUAGCCCUAGAACAAUUCUUUUGUACAGCUUCCUUGCAUGAUAAUCUGGAUCACUAAGGCAGAGCUGGAGAGCAUGGGCUAUAGUGCAGGAAAUUUGGUUUGGAAUCCUCUUCUUCCAGCUUCCAGUUUAAGUAAAAAAAAAGCUAUUUCAAUUAGAAAUAUUUCCCAAAAAACAUGUUCUUUGAGCAAAUAUUCACUUUUUCUAAGCAUUGUAGCUUAGAUAGGAAGACCGUGUUGAGUGUCUUGAGAGAGUAUUCAGACAGGAGUGAACUGGAGGGCUGAGUUUGAGCAGGAGAAGUAGAAGCUGUGAGGAUGAAGUCUCCUUGGGUCUCUUUCCAGUCAGGAGCGGGGAGAUCUUCUAGAAAGAGAAGACUCCCAAGCCUGUUAGGAGGGGUGGGGGGGACCCCCUGGGUCUGUUAUACUAUUUGGAAAUGCCUUAGGAGUGGGACUGUUAAGAAGUUGGGUAACUGACAAAUAGUGGCUCUUGCUCAUGAACAAAGUUUUAAGCUAUGAAGGAAGCUGUGCUGUGUCAAAGUAUUUAACUAUAACACCUGUCAUAACUACGUAAAGAAAUGAGAGUGAAUAACAGAAACUGAGUGAAGAUUUUACCACCUAUUCUAUUUUUUUUAUAAGAUAUUUAUUAAGAUUUUCAGAAUAUUACAAGACAAAAAAAGAAAAAAAAGAAAAAAGAAAAAUACAAAAUAAAAACAGUUAAAAACAAUUCAUUCCUUCCGUUACUUAGCCUUCAUUUGCUUAUUUCCAGGACCUCCUCACACCUCCCUUUUUUGUAUUCCAAUUCAGUUAUUAGUUCAACAAAUCCCUCCCCUCUUUAUGUAUCCUAAUCGUUAAUCAUAAAGUAUUUGUAAUUUUAGAUUUUUACCUAUUAAUAAACCAUUUUUUUCCAUAUUCCCUUAUAACAUUUCAGCUAAAGACCACUUAGUUUCUAUCCGACAUCAUUCUAACAUUCAUUAAUUUUGCAAUAUUUCUGUAAAUAGUCUUUAAACUUUUUCCAAUCUUCUUCCAUCGACUCUUCUCCCUGGUCUCGGAUUCUGCCAGUCAUUUCCACCAAUUCCAUAUAGUCCAUCACCUUCAUCUGCCAUUAUUCCAAGGUGGGUAGAUCUUGUGUCUUCCAAUACUUAGCAAUGAGAAUUCUUGCUGCUGUAGUAGCAUACAUAAAAAAAGUUCUGUCCUUCUUUGACACCAAUUGGCCGACUAUGCCCAGGAGAAAGGCCUCUGGUUUCUUCAAGAAGGUAUAUUUAAAUACCUUUUUCAAUUCAUUAUAUAUCAUCUCCCAGAAAGCCUUAAUCCUUGGGCACGUCCACCAAAGGUGAAAGAAUGUACUUUCAUUUUCUUUACAUUUCCAACAUUUAUUAUCGGGCAAAUGGUAGAUUUUUGCAAGCUUGACUGGUGUCAUGUACCACCUGUAUAUCAUUUUCAUAAUAUUCUCUCUUAAGGCAUUACAUGCCGUAAAUUUCAUACCUGUGGUCCACAACUGUUCCCAGUCAGCAAACAUAAUAUUAUGUCCAAGAUCUUGUGCCCAUUUAAUCAUAGCAGAUUUCACCGUUUCAUCCUGAGUAUUCCAUUUCAACAGCAAGUUAUACAUUUUUGACAAAAUCUUAGUUUUGGGUUCUAACAGUUCUGUUUCCAAUUUUGAUUUUUCCACCUGGAAACCAAUUUUCUUAUCCAAAUUGUAUGCCUCCAUUAUCUGAUAAUAAUGAAGCCAGUCUCGCACUUUGUCUUUUAAUUUCUCAAAACUCUGCAAUUUCAGUUUGUCUCCUUCCUGUUCCAAAAUUUCCCAAUAUUUCGGCCAUUUGGCCUCCAUAUUGAGCCUUUUCUGAGCCUUUGCUUCCAUCGGUGACAACCACCUUGGGGUUUUGUUUUCAAGUAAGUCCUUAUAUCUUAUCCAGACAUUUAACAAUGCUUUCCUGACAAUAUGAUUUUUAAAUGCUUUAUGUGCUUUAACCUUGUCAUACCACAAAUAUGCAUGCCACCCAAAAACAUUAUUAAAACCUUCUAAGUCCAAAAUGUCUGUGUUCUCAAGAAGCAGCCAUUCUUUCAACCAGCAGAAUGCUGCUGAUUCAUAAUAAAGUUUAAGGUCUGGCAGGGCAAAUCCACCUCUAUCCUUUGCAUCGGUUAAUAUUUUAAAAUUUAUUCUGGGCUUCUUGCCCUGCCAGACAAAUCUAGAAAUGUCUCUCUGCCACUUCUUGAAACAGUCCAUCUUGUCUAAGAUUUGCAAUGAUUGAAACAGAAAUAACAUUCUUGGCAAUACAUUCAUCUUUAUAACAGCAAUUUGUCCUAACAAGGAAAGCUUCAGGUUUGACCAUAUCUCUAAAUCCUUUUUCACUUCUGACCAGCAUUUCUCAUAAUUGUCUUUAAAUAGGUUUAAAUUCUUAGCAGUCAUAUUAACCCCCAAGUAUUUUACUUUCUUAACCAAUGUUAAACCUGUCUCCUUCUGAAACCUCUCUUUCUCAAUCGGUGUUAAAUUUUUCUCAAGCACCUUAGUUUUUAACUUGUUCAACUUAAAUCCUGCCACAUGACCAAAUUCCUGAAUCAAUUCUAAUACUCUUUUAGUACUAGAUUCUGGCUCCUGUAACAUCAAUACUAAAUCAUCUGCAAAAGCUUUCAAUUUGUACUGUUUAGCUCCAACCUGUAUACCUUUAAUCAGACGGUCCCUUCUGAUCAUAUUUAGCGAAACCUCCAGGACCGAAAUAAACAGCAAUGGGGAAAUUGGAAUUUAACACCUAUUCUAGAAACCUGAACAUCUACCUGAAGCAUAACAACUGAUUUGCUGUGCAUUUACUACUUUGUUUUAAUGCCUGUGACAUCUUUAGAAUUAUUGUAAUUAAUAAGUUACCUGUUUCCUGAAAGAACACAACUCAUUGACCCAUCUUUGUUUUAUCAACUUUGUUUUGUAAAUAAAACCUUUCUUAUUCAUUCAGCUUCUGCGUAAGACUCCAGAUCUUCCCUCACACAAGAACCCAAAAUGAUAACCUGUGGGAAUUUAUAAAUGUAAUUAUUUCGCGUACCGUGCUGUAGGUUCACUACAGGUUUAAUUGGGGGCCAUUAGCGGUGAGAUCUGCUACAUUUAAUUGGACUUAGCAGUAGGUCCGUUACACCUUGAUUCAGGGAACAGCACAACUCCGUAAAAAGUUGAAGGCAGUUUUAAACACAAAAUAUAAAUGAAUUUUAAUAUAGUUUAGAAUAAACACCAGAGACACAGGGAGUUUGAAGUAAAAAAAAUUCAGUCCUUAUAACCCCAGAGGUAAGUUUGGCAGGGUAUAGUCUGGUGAAUUAGUUAUUGGUAUGAGCACACAAGCUCAUACCAAUAACUAACUUAGUUCGUCUCUAAGGUUCUACUGCAAGGAAUUUUUUUAAUUUUUUUUUAUUUAUUUUAUUUUGUUUCGACUUCAAUAUAUAGUUGCGCAGCACCCCAGUCUCCAAGCUGUGUGGGAUUCCAAGGGUUCCAGGUACUUGCCCAGGGUCCGCGUUUGCUUUUGGAAAUAAGGCACGGCAGAGACUGUGGUGUCUUUAUGAUAUAUGUUUUAUUCACACGUAUAUACAACCUGAGCAUACAGUGGAGGGGCUCACAUUGCUGCAGCCUUGGAUUCAAAUAGUCGGCCCACAUUGUGCUUGCCUGGCACCCAGGAAUUAGAAAGGGUGUCCAGGAAUUAGAAGCAGGCUCCAGGCUCCCCACAGACUUGUAACGAUAUCAUAUGCCCUUUGCCCUUCUACCUGUUAUUUGUCAAGCUUUCUGUGAUUUUUAUCUUUUUCUUGCAAGAGUCAAAAGCAUUGCCUGUCAGAACUUUGAAGCUGCAAAGGGGCUUGUGAUUUCAUAACUGGCGUUCCGAAAUAAACACUCUAGAAAAACCUCCUGAGAUAAACAUUUUCUCUUUGGCCCUGAAAGAAGUAUUGAGCAAGUAUGGCUAAUGCUGGGGAUAAGUGCUAAGAGCAAGAGGGGGGAAAGAUACUAUAGAACACACAAUCACAUCAGGGUUUCCCCCCUUUCUCCCAUGGAAGGGGGGGGGAGAGAAAACACAAAUAGAACAUGAAUGGGACAAAGUCUUUGAAGUCCUCUACUCAGGCUUUUCUGAUUCCUUAAGAAACAUCAAAGAAAUCCUUCCACUGCCACCCCACUUAACCUUUUGGGGAUUGUGACCCCACAGCCAGCACUCAGUGUCUUGUGGCUUUUCAGCUGAUGCUUUCAGCUCCGUUGUUCUACUGCAAAAGGUCAGAGAAUCAGAGAGAAUAUCAAGAGACAUAUCAGUGUAUUUGAGGGCAGUUUUCUUUUUUCUUUUUGUUUCUCCUUUGUGUACUAUAAAGGGUAAUCCUUGAGAACUUAGAUGAAAUGCUGAAGGACAGCCCAUGCUUGUUCUUGUGGUGUUGAAGGGAAGAAAUAUCCGUGAUAUUUAGGCAAGCAUAUAAGCUAAAUUGUGUGUGUGUUUACAUGAACUGAAUUCUGACAUUGUAAAUUUAGUUACUUUACAAGUACAGGCAGUGAGCAUUUUAGGCAUGUCCACUUGAUCUCUGGUCACUGAUGUGUGGGUCCUUUUGGAUCUGGAAGAGGGUGGGACGGGGUUGGGCACACUUAUACGCCCUCUGCUUAUAUGCGGGGAUUGGGAAUGGAACCCGCCUAUAUUGUUUUUCUUUCGAAAAGGUACCACCCAAGUCUACUUCAGAAGUGAUCCAUAGUAAUUGGAUUAAUUUGUUUGACAUCUGCUGAAUAUCUGAAUAUUAGUCUGAGCUAUAGGUUGGGCCUUGGUGUAUGUUGGUAACUUAAUUGCCAGAUGCCAGAACCCAGUGAGCUGUGUGGUGUUCCUCAAAGUUACAUGCCAGUUUUAGUUGAUUAAUCUAUUAAUUGUGUUUGCAAACCUUAAUUGGUUUAAUUAAAACUAGUUGAGCUUUUUCAAUAUCUGUGGUAACCUUGGGAAAGGAGCAGGGGAGAGAAUGUCAGUCCUGACUCCAUAUAAAGGUAAAGGUAAAGGGACCCCUGACCAUUAGGUCCAGUCGUGGCUGAUUCUGGGGUUGCGGCGCUCAUCUCACUUUAUUGGCCAGGUCAUGUGGCCAGCAGACAAACCAGAGCAGCGCACAGAAACGCCGUUUACCUUCCUGCCGGGGCGGUGCCUAUUUAUCUACUUGCACUUUGGUGUGCUUUCGAACUGCUAGGUUGGCAGGAGCAGGGGCCAAGCAACGGGAGCUCACUCCGCCGCGGGGAUUCGAACCACCGACCUUCUGAUCGGCAAGUCCUAGGCUCUGUGGUUUAACCCACAGCGCCACCCGCGUCCCUGACUUCAUAUAAACCCAUCCCUAAAUUCUCAUAUUUUUCAGUAGUGAUUAUUUUGUGCCAGAUCCAAAACUUUGAAGCUUUGAUGGUUCUGCUCUGGGUAUGGAAUGCAUCACAACAGUGGUAUGAAUAUGUAGUCCCUGCUUUCUGUGAUCUUUUGUAGGUAUCUGGUGUACCUGAACUAUUCAGUUAAAGUAUAUUAUUGGUAGUUCUUAAAUAUAUAUAUAUAGCUUUAUUUUAGUAAAUAAAGUGGAGGAAUUUGCUGCACCAUUGUCUAUACGAGUGUUAGAAGCUCAGAGAUAUAAGCUACAUGCCAGAUGACUCCUUCAACCAGGUUGCAGUCACCAAAACGGAAUGUCUAGUACUCUUUAGAAUACCAAGUUCACAUUUUAUUAGAGCUAUUUGAUGUGUUCAGAAUUUGGGCUUAUCUCAUUCAAUAUUAUUACUCCUCUUCUGUCUGUAUUUAAUAUUCACAUGGUAGAUAGAUUGCAUGAGUUGACUGCCAUAAGCACACAUCAGCAGCAUGGUUGCAAUGAACCAAGUGAGGGAAUUCAUGGGGCCAAAUAUCCUGACAGCCGGUUCACAUGGUUGGUUCACCACAAGCAUGAACAGGUGAAAUGAAUCUUCAUAAAUUGAUCAUGAAGCUUUAUUUAUGCAUAAGUGAAUUAGGCCUAAUCCCUAACAAGUCACAUAGUCAGUGAGUAUCAGAUCUAGUGGUAGCCACUAGUGGUUGCAAAGUUAAGCAAUUUCAACAUCACCAGGAUUGUCUAUUUUACUAUGUAAAUAAUAAUACACAGCAUUUAUAUGUGCUUUUGGUGCUUAACAUAUGCUAGAUUAGUAAUCCUAACAACAUGCUGUGAGAUGUCAGAAUUCUUAUCCCCUUGUUGGAGAUGGACAGUGAGACUGAGAGAAUACUGAUUUCUUGUAGGUUGGGGGUGGGAAUCCUGUAUAUUUCCAGAUGUUGUUGGACUACAACUCCCAUCUCUCAGACCUUUCAAAACAAGCAAUCAGCCAAGGCUGGCAAUAUUUCUUUGUGCUCUGUGCUGCUGUCCAGGGUCCUGAUUGCUUUGCUAUCUCAUCAUUUCAAAGUCCCUGUGCUGACCCAGAAGAAAUAGACUUAAUUGGGUGGGAAGCAGCCAUUGACACAAUUUUUGUGUGUGCAAGUCAGCUGUUGCAUCAGUUGUGUGUGAAGGCACAGCGUGGUGGUCCCUUGUAGGAGAAGCAACCAUGGGAAAUGCAACAGUCCCUUACAGGCCCUCUAACCACUUAAAAGUGAAUUGUGAGUUGUCUUUGUUUACAGCAGACAUGUUUCCCUUAAACUGAAGCUGAAGCAAACUGCUGUUCUUCCCACUUUUAUUCAUUUUUGCAUAUCUGCUGAUUGCCUUAGAUAUUACCUAUUCACAAUGCAAUUUUUUUUUAGCUUAGCUUGGUAAAUAUGAAUACCUUUUCUUUCUGGAAGAGAGAGAAAUGCAUUAUGCUCAAUCAUAGCCCCAUUGCUUUAGGUCAAAAAUGUAUUCACCAUCUGCUAUGUAAUAACAUAGAGCAGUGCUUUUAAUCUCUGUUAUUUAAAUAGGUCCUGUUAUUUAAAUAGGUCUAAUAGAACAGGCUAUUUUGACAGAAGCAGAUUGUCAAAUAGGCAAUCAAGAUGCCUCUGCUGUAAUUCCUCUGCCACAGUUAGAACCAUGUUUUCCUCUUAUUUAUUGAUUACACUUGUCAAUAUCCUUCCAGGAUACAACUCCUCCUAAGACUGCUUCUAACAACAGGAGCAGGAAAACACUUGCAGAGAGUCAAUGGGCCUUUCCCAGCCCACAUAUUCUUCCUUGCAGAGAUCCCCAAGUCAUUCUGGACUCUCUCUUCUGGAGAACCAGCCUCUGCAACUGGAAGAACCUGGGGGGGGGGUGAGGAUUUGCAAGGUCAGCAUGUCUAGGAGGAAUGAAGCACCCAGCCCCUGCAAACCCCAUCGUGGCAUUUGCCUUAGCUCUCACUUUGCUUCUAGUUAUCCUAAAUAUAUUCAUUUGUGAACUGAAGACAUAUUUUCUGUUAAAACUUCUUGUAGAUACAGUUGUUAAAUGCUGUGUAUAACUCGCAGAUUCUGCUUUAAAUGAUGAACAAUGUCCUCUUUUUCCUUUCUUUUCAGUAUUCAGAGGCCAAAAAGCAGUGCUGGUACUUUGAAGGGGUGUAUCCUACAUAUUAUAUGUAAGUGAUCCUCCUUUUCUCUCUGUGUUCAUCUGUAGAUGUGUGUGUCUGUGUGUUUACAAUGUUGGGAGAUCGAUUUAAGCCAUGGGUAGGCAAACUAAGGCCUGGGGGCUGGAUCCGGCCCAAUCACCUUCUAAAUCCGGCCUGAGGAUGGUCCAGGAAUCAGCGUGUUUUUACAUGGGUAGAAUGUGGCAUUUUAUUUAAUAUGCAUCUCUGGGUUAUUUGUGGGGCCUGCCUGGUGUUUUUACAUGAAUAGAAUGUGUGCUUUUAUUUAAAAUGCAUCUCUUGUGGGGCAUAGGAAGUCGUUCAAAUUUUUUUUUCCAAAAUAUAGUCUGGCCCCCCACAAGGUCUGAGGGACAGUGUACCGGCCCCCUGCUGAAAAAGUUUGCUGACCCCUGUUAAGCUCUUUAUAUCAGCACUUAUUCUAGAGCAGUCAUUCCCAAUUAGCUAAUUACUGAGGACCCCCUACUUUUGAUAUUUUUGAUAACUGUAUGGUAGUUACCUGUGCAAAGCAAUUUUUUGAAGAAAAUGUGGGGUGGCCCCUAAGAAGCAAAGGUAUACUAAAAAAAAAACAGCCAGACCAUAAAAUUUGUGAUAUUACCACAAAUUGCCUAUCCCCAGCCAGGAGGAAAACACUGUCUCCAUUGCUCCAUACAACUGAAUAAUAAAAAAGCAAUUGUGUCCCUAACUUGCAAGUGUUCUAUAUGCAGAAGACUUUUUAUAUGAGAGUGUUCAAACAUGCUAUUUCUUAUUUGUAAUCUGAGAAGGUACAUUUUAGCAAAACUUUGCAGAAGGUUCUGCUAACUGAAGAAUCUUGCACCAUGAAGACAUAGGUGAAGGCUUGGUCAGGGCUUGAUAAAGUAUUGGUGAAGACUGAGUAGAAAACAGCUGGGAUUUCAUCAUGUUGGUAGUAGUAGUAGUAGUAGUAGUAGUAAUUUUUAUUAUUUAGUCCUCCUGUGCCCAAGUUUCAUCCCUGGCUUAAAGAGAUUAAUUAGUUUUUAUUCUUGCUGAUUACCCAAUCAGAACAACCAAUUUUUGAAUUUAUUAGGAUUCUGCCAUACAUAUGUUUCCUCCCAUCCCAAAAUGUAGCCACAUACCUGUAGCUUCCCACAGAAAACAAGAAAACAACAUCUGCACAGGCUGCCCUUUGCACUAAAUGGGCCUGGGCUGUGUAUUGUAAGUAAGCAUGCAUGCCAUCCAUAAACUAGGUCAAAUCCUUCAAGAUCCAAAAUAGUUGGAUUUUUCAGCUCCACCCAGCACAAACACGCUGCCUCAUAAUACAUUUUCAAAUCUGGAAGAGCAAACCCUCCUCUACUCUUUGCAUCAAUUAGAAUUUUACAUUUAAUCUGGGGCUUUUUCCCUUGCCAGAUGAAGUCAGUUAUAGCCUUUCUCCAUUGCUGGAAGCAAUCAGUACCAUUUAUCACAGGUAGUGCUUGAAACAAAAAUAUAAUCUUUGGUAAAAUAUUCAUUUUGAUUGCCAAUAUUCUUCAUCCAGUUCCAUAAUUCGGUAUUAUUUUACUGUAAAUAUCGUGAAAAAAGUUCAAAUUUCUAGGCACCAGCCAAAGUCCCAAAUAUUUGACUUUCUUUUCUGCUUUAAAUCCAGAAAUCUUUUCCAAAUUUUAUUUUGCCUACUUCCCCAGAUUUUUAAUUAUCAUUUUGGUAUUUUCUUUAUUGAUGUACAAACCAGCCAGGCUGCCAAACACUUCUGGGCCUCCAGGACCUUGGGAACACUUUCAAGAGGCGAUCUGGUCUUGUUCUGUUGUGUUAGCAUCUAAUCUAUAAACAUUGGGUGAAUGAGCUGUCAUAAUGAAGAUUUUCCUUUCGCUUUUGUGCUUCUGUUGUCUAACCAGUGACAUAUUGAGAUCUGAUAUUCUCCAACUCAUUAAACACAUUGUAUGCUUGGUCAUUGUUCAAAGCCUGUUACUGUAUACAAAGAGAAACGAGGUGUUCUUAACAUGUUUUUUUUCCCUGCAAGUCCAUGUGGGAGAGGGAGACCUCCCAAGCCUCUGUAGUCCUAAUACAUCUUUUCUUGGCUUUGUAUUAUUUGAUUUAUGUUCAUACUCGAAUAGUAUCUGCAGGUUUCUUUGUGUUGCUUUCUGAGAACUCUGUAUUCCAUGAACAGAUGCUUUUUAAACUAGCCUAGUGUCAGGGACUCUGGGGCUUGAACUGGCAGCUUAUGAACAGGCUGGGAUCCAGUCUAGUGUGGCACUGUGUCCUAAGGCUUCAGAGCUCACAUCAGGAACAGAAGGGGUUCCUGUGGUUGAAAGAAAAUACUAAACUUCUGGAUUGACCAUAGCCUGAUUAUACUUGCAUACAGAACCAGAUCUUUGUGUGCAUUUGUUUGUUUAUUUUCUGGAAUAAUAUCCCUGCAAUGCUCACACAGUAAUAUGGUUUAAACAUUGCUGAAACAUUCAUUGUUCUCCAUCUGUUCCAGUUAUUUGUAGGACUAGAACGUCUUAAUGCCAUUCCACAAAUUGUGUGGCAGUGCACCAGCAUUCACAAUGAGGAAUUUGCUCAUGGCAAGGAGCUGCAGCCAAUGUUGGCUUUCAAAUUUGUGUACCUGUAUGAUACAUGUCUUUCUAAACGUGCUUCUUUUGUACCAUAUAUGCUUACAGUGUGAAUAAGGCCUCUGCAUCUGACUUUAAGUGAUGUAAAUUGGUCUUGCAAAACACUUCAUAACAACAGGUCAGACCUUAAUUCUUAGCACUCUCUUCCCACAAAUUAAAAUACAUUUGAACUCACUACUAAAGUUGCUCUUGAACAUUGUAGUAGAAAGGUAGGAUAGAAAUGUGAAAAAUAAAGUACUCAUUCAAAGAAAUAUUUUAUUUCAGAUAUAACUUUUGGAUUUCUUUUCCUGCUCAGCAUUAUUUUGUUUUUCUCCUGAGUCCUCAGGAUGACACCACUUCAGUCCUGCCCAGCUUUCCUUUUUACUUACCGUGUUUUCUUUCCUGUUUCUUUGAUUUCCCGCCAAAGAAAGUGUUGCUUAUGUUAAUCUCUUCUUUUACUGCAUUUGAUUCAUGGACAUUUCCUAGCUGCCUUCAAUCCUGUUAAAAGGCAGGAUAUGUUAAACAACCAGCAUUGAAGUUUCUUUUUACUUUGACUCCUGGUGAAGAGCUUUGUGAAAAUGGGUCCAGUGAUCUGUCAGCCAUGACUGAGUUCAGCCAUCUUUAAAUUGUGUGGAUUUCCAGUUUUAUUUGCUGUUUGGCAGUAUAUCAAAUUAAAUAAGGUUUUUCAUGCAGGCAUUUUGUGACUAGCUGGUAUAGUCAUUUAUAGUAAAGUCUGUUAAUAUACAUUACAAUAUACAACUGAAUUUUUGCAUAUUAUUAACAUUUAUCUGAUUUUGUAAUUAUUUCCAUUAGUUGUUGUUUCUGGUGUUUUUCACCUUUCAGAGUCUAUACCUCUUCAUUUUUCUUUUGAUUGACCUGUAUUCACAUACAAGUAUCUGCUUGAUGUUGCAAUCGUGUGUGAGAAUCACCCCAGAGUUACCUCCUGUUUUAGAAACUACGUAUAGGAAAUUAAUUCAAAGCUGUGGGUGUGUUUCUUUUUAUCUCCUGGAGAAUCCCAAGUGGAACACCAUGAAUAUGAUUGAAAUAAAAAUCAGUUGCAUCCAGAGCUGAGGACUUCUCUGUAUUAGUGACUACAAUUGUAGGGCAUUAGCAAUGUUGGCGUCUUUACAGGCGCAAAUUAGCAUUGCUAUCAAGUCUCAAGGGAGCAUCCCAGCCCAGCUGUGUCUUGUGCAACCAUAGCAACACGGUACAGCUACGGUACAGCCUCCAGAUGUAUAAUGUCACAAAUGACAUUCUUAGAUCUCUCUGCAUUGGAAUUGUUGCAUCUUCUACGUCUGUUCUUCAGCUAAUGUGUUGACAGCUAAAACCAUGAGGCUUGACAGAAUCUUAGCCCACUGAGGUUUUCCUUUCCUGUCAAUGCCGUAUUCUGCCAGGCUGCUUCUUUGCUUUGCAGUCACCAAAUUUCCUCUUCUUUUUAUUUUUAUGCAGAUGCCGCUCCUAUGAAGAUUGCUGUGGUUCAAGAUGCUGCAUAAGGACUUUGUCUAUCCAGCGACUAUGGUAUUUUUGGUAAGGCAGUGAUAACUAUUGAUAAGUUUAGGGUUGCAUCUUCUAAUUGGAUUCUCUAAGGCAUGGGUAGGCAAACUAAGGCCCGGGGGCCAGAUCCGGCCCAAUCACCUUCUAAAUCCAGCCUGCAGACGGUCUGGGAAUCAGCGUGUUUUUACAUGAGUAGAAUGUGUCCUUUUAUUUAAAAUGCAUCUCUGGGUUAUUUGUGGGCAUAGGAAUUCAUUCUCCCCCCCAAAAAAAAAUAUUGUUUGGCCCCCCAGAAGGUUUGAGGGACAGCUGAAAAAGUUUGCUGACCCCUGCUCUAAGGCUAUAUCUACACUACAAAUUUAUAUCAGUUUUAAUUUGAAUGUAACAAUAAUUGGGUUCCCCUUGAGAAUCCUGGGAACUGAGUUCAGGGCAAGUGUGGUGGGUCUCUCUGCUGGAGAUCCUCAGCAAUUACUUUUAUCUAUAAGCUGCCUUGUGUCCCUGUCAGGGGGAAAGCAAUGUAUAAACUAACUAACUAACUAAUUACCGUAUUUUUCGCCCUAUAGGAUGCACUUUUUCCCCUCCAAAAAUAAGGGGAAAUCUGUGUGCGUCCUAUGGGGCGAAUGCAGGCUUUCGCUGAAGCCUGGAGAGCGAGAGGGGUUGGUGAGCACCGACCCCUCUUGCUCUCCAGGCUUCAGGAAGCUAUCCGCAAGUCUUGCAAGCCCGGCGGGAUGUCCCGCAGGCUCGCAAGGCUUGCGGGCAGCAGCCUGCAGCCCAAAGCUCGGGGAUAGCGGGGAGGCGGAGCGCUGCCACCCCACUAUUCCCCGACCUGAUCUGGAGGCUGCGUGGGGGGGGGAGAAACAAGCUUGCUUCUCCGCCCGCCAGCCCCACAAACUUGGGGGACAGCGGGGCAAGCUGUCCCUGAAGGCAGAAGAGGGAGACGGAGCGCUCCGUCUCCCUCUUCUAGCUUGGGGAUGGCUGCGCAAACCUGGGGGGGAAAUAAAAAUUUUCCCCUUGAUUUCCCCCCCAAAAAACUAGGUGCGUCCUAUGGGCCGGUGCGUCCUAUAGGGCGAAAAAUACGGUUACUACUACUACCACUACUGCUAGUAAUAAAAAUAACACUUGAUGAGGGAAAGUAUCAUAGAAUGAAUAGACUGAUUUAUUAUUUGAACAUAUCAUGCACAGGGAUGUUUUUGCCAGUAGUGAAGGCAGUCACAGCUAGACAGGAAAUAAUUAAUCUUUUCCUCCCCAGCUGUGGCUCCACACCACCCAUUACCUAAAGUAGGUGAUCUAAGGUUUCUUUCAGACCCAUGUGAUCUAGGGGUGUUUUUGAUGUCAAUGAUCAUCAUGGGUGGGUGGGGAGUUACCUUUCUCUCUCCCCAGGUGUGACCCCCCCCAAAAAACACACUCCCUAUUCUUCAGGUAGCCUUGAAAAAAGGGCUUCUGUUGGCCACAAAAUAUUUCUGUGCCCAAUUCGGGGUGCUCACAUCAGUGUUUAAAGCCCUACAUAGACUGCUUGCUUCCCUACAGACCCUAUUGGGAGUCAAGCUUGGCAGAGAGGGACCUCUUUAUAGUUCUGCCCCCCCAAGAAGUUGCGGGAGGGCCUUCUCUGUGGUAGUCCCUAGGUGGUGGAAGACCCCUCCCCGCGGAGAUGCAUCUAUCAACUCCACUAUACCAUUUUCAGUGAAUGCCGAAGAUGCCCCUCUUUACCCUUUGACACAUGAGAGGUAUAUUUUUUAGGACCCACCUUCUUUCUGUGAUUGUAAGUUGAUUUAGUUUGUUUUUAAUGCUGUGUGUUCAUUACCAUAAUCUACCCUGAGACUUUAGGAUGGGGGGUGGGUAAUAAUAAUAAUAAUAAUAAGUAAUAAUAAAAAAUAAUAAAAAACAAAAAACUUGGAUCUGCAAUUAACUACUGAGUAAAUGUUUAGGGUUUUUACAAAUUGUGCAAACUCUGGUUAAAUUUGUUCCUUCUCUCCUUCCCCUUUGAUCAGGUUCCUUCUGAUGAUGGGAGUUUUGUUCUGUUGUGGGGCGGGGUUUUUUAUCCGAAGGCGGAUGUAUCCUCCACCGCUGGUUGAUGAAACAACAUACAACGUGUCGUAUACCCGGCCACCUAACCCCUCUGCAGCAGGUCAGAAAUUGCAUCCUGCUACUAGUACUGCUAUGUGAGACAAUAAUUAUUGGCCACAGACUACUGUUGUGAUUGAUCUGAGGAUAAUAUAACCAGACGCUUAGCAUGCAAGCAUUUAUCUAGGCAGACCAGUGAGUAACUUAUUCUAUAGCCAUUGCUGAAUGCUGAAAACCAGGAAGUCGCCCGUAUGUGUUUGGCCAAGUGAUCACUUAAAACCGCAUUAUACUUUAUAAUUCUCUCCUGCUGGUUUUUCUCUUUCCCUGUGCCUGCUGCUUCCUGUGGCAGGAAAUAUGGAAGAGAACAGCAAGUACUGAACUGUUCCUAUGUAACAAUUAGAACGAAUAGAAAAUAUUAAGUGGCCCCUUACUGCUGGAUGACGUUAAAUUUUGAAAAUGAUAGAAAUGAAUUGCAUCAGGAGAAAAGAUGUACAAGUUCCCCACGCCAUCUUUGGCUUGAGUGAUCCAGGGUGGGGGGUUUCAAGAAUGCCCUCCAAGUAUAGGACUGGGAAGGUGAAUAGCAAGCUUAGUAUUUGCACUGGGGUAGGGAGGGGGAAGCUCUGUGGGUUUACUGUGGGGGAAUAUCAAGGGGGUUAGAGAGUGGAGUAAGCAGGGGUGCACCCAUUUUUUUUGUGUGUACAUAUAAUACAUAUGUAUGAUAGAUAAAGAAAGGGAUUUCUUUGAAGUGAACAAGUUGGUGCCUGUUGGUGCCUUGAAAAUCAGCUGUGACUCCUUUCAAAUAUUGACAACACAGACCAAUGCCCGGCAUUACUCUUUUGUGUCUCCCACUUUUAGGAGCCCAGCAGCCGGGGAUGGCAUACUACACAGACCCAGAAGGAGCUAUGAUGAACCCCAUGGCUAUGACUUACCACGUCCAACCUAAGUCCCCACAAGUGAACCCAGUUUACCCUCCUCUCCCUUCUUACUGUAAUACCCCACCACCACCAUACGAGCAGGCGGUGAAAUCCUCCACUUAACCUCUCUUCUCUGCAGUGAACAGUGACUUGGGCAGAAGAGAGCAGGCUUGGGAGCAGCAGAAGACUUGCUAGUGCUCUGUUGACCUUGCUCUCCUCCUAGUUAGCACUGUUUGGACACUGGUGGAUGUGCAGCCCCAGGGGGAAUUCUUUUCUGAUGUCUUCAAAGCAAGAAUGAAAGUUUUUAUAGUGCUUUUUAUUGGAAGCCUAUAUUUAAAUCCCAUACACUUAAAAAAAUGGUAUUUGUGAUUUUAAGACAUGUAUUAACAUAUUGAUGCAGCACAGUAUGGUAAUAAGCACAAAACAAUGUAUACCAGCCUAAAAACCUUGGAGUCACUUGUAUUUUAAAUAUGGGAAACCAGGAGCACAGGACAGGAGGUAAUGGCAGAAGCAAGUGAAAGAUGUGAGAUGAGUGAUGUUUGUUAAUCAAGGAAGCGACUGGAUCAUGUGGUAAGAUAAAGUGUGGGAAAUGGUUCCAGGGCGGGAAAAGAUCCAUCGCCCAGCUUCACUUGAACAAACACUGGGUGGAACAGGAUUAUAGCAGCUCUGCCUGUGGUCCAACCCUAGCAUCUUAAAUCUGGCUCCCUUUAUUUUUUGCUGACAGUUGUUUUUGGGAGGAAAGGAGUGUCUUGCUGCCAAGAGCUAACAUUGUGAUGUACUGUUGAUGGUGUGAAUAUCAUAGCAAUUGUGUGGAAGGUAAAAAUGUUCAGCGCCAACAAUGAUAAGCAGAGGUCUAGCAACAAAAAAACUGAUUGCCUAGGAAAUAUUUAUUCUCUAAAGAGAAUUCAUAAAAUAAAAUGGGUAGUCUUUGAAUCAGAGUUUUCCUAUUGACUUUGGGCCCCUUUGCAUGACAUUAUUUAGGCGUACACUGAAGAUAUUCAUUGUAUGCAUUGUAUGGGACAAAUACACUCAGCAGAGCUCCAGGAUUGGUUGCAGUAGCCUGCUGAGUAUACACUUGAUGGUUUUGCCUUUCUUUGUGUGAUGUGUCAGAUGACCCAGAGGUAAUAUUUGGAUGUUUAGUAUUCCUUCUCCGCAUUCCUCUGGGGCCUGAGUCUUUCAUUUUUAACAUGGUAAAGUUGCUUCAAGGUGACUUUUACUCAUUGUUUUUGAUGUGGUGGCUGAUUUAUUCAAAAUGAACUUCAUAGGAGAUGUAAGAGUUACCAAAUACUAGGGAAUGAUUGCAGUUUUCCAGAAAUAUGAUGAAGAAAUGAUGUAGAAAUUUAAGACCACUAGAAAACAACAGAUUCAUUCCAUAUCAUGGUGAGUUUAUUAUUUUUUUUUAAAAAAGAAUACUGGAAUCUUCCAUAGUUUCUGCUUGCGAUAAAUGUCCUUCAUUUGUCUUCCAUUGUUAUGCCUUUCUGGGUUCCACCUGCACUUGCUUCUCAGUCUCUUGGUCUGUUGUAAUUGCAGAGCAGAUGAGACCUUGCUUAGGGUGGCCAGGCUGCAGAUUUCCCCAUUGCUUUGUUUCUGCUCCUGAACUGGGAGGCCAGGCAGUGGCCGUUUCUCCCAUAUACGCCACCCACUUUCCCUUUGUUCACUCUCCUCCUUCACCUGCUGUAUCAACCAGGCCCCUCAGGCGACACACCAAAGUAUCGGGCAGAGACCCCAGGUGUAGGCACAUGCCACAACAAUGUACCCCAGUCUUCAGUUUAAGGGAAAGUGGGAAUCAGUAUGCAAUUAUGUUUAAGGGACUUGAGAGGUGGGCUUUUCUCUGUCUUAGAAAAAUGUCUUACAGUUAUUAUUGAAUGUGAUCAUAGAAUCGUAGAGUUGGAAGUUGCUACAAGGGUCAUCUAGUCCUACCUCCUGCAAUGCAAGAAUUUUUUGCCCAACAUGGGGCUCAAAUCCACAACCCUGAGAUUAAGAGUCUCAUACUCUUCUGACUGAGCUAUAAUGGGCAAUAUUAUGAAAGCAAUAUUUUAAAAAAACUUUGGUUUUAAUAUACUCAGAACCUUGAAUGAGUUCUAGUGUUGUGCAGUAAUCAAACAAAUACAUUUUGAAGAAAUGUCUCACUGACAAUUUCUUUUCCCAGAAGGUGGAAGAAGCAACAAGGGGGUCAUCUAUUUUGGACCUGGUCCUCACCAGCAGGGAGGAACUGAUCAACAAAGUGGAAGCACUUGUGAACUUGGGAGGAAGUGAUCAUGUCCUCCUGUGUUUCAUGAUACAAAGGCAAGGGAAAACUGAGUGUAGUUGGACACACACUCUGGACUUUAAGAAGGCCAAUUUCGAAAAGCUGAAGGAGCUCCAGGGUUUGAUCACAUGGUCAGAAAUGCUCAAAGGGAAAGGAGUCCAAGUGGGAUAGGAGUUCUUGUCAUCCUGAAAAAAACUGACAAGUGGGGUGCCGCAGGGUUCUGUCCUGGCCCUGUUGUUGUUCAGUGUCUUCGUAAAUGACUUGGAUGAAGGAACUGAGGGGAUGCUCAUCAAAUUUCCAGAUGACACCAAAUUGGGAGGGGUAGCUAAUGCCACAGAAGACAGAAUCGGGAUUCAGAAUAACCUUAACAGCUUGGAGAACUGGACCCAAACUAACAAAAUGAAUUUCAAUAGGUUCUGCACUUAGGCAGGAAGUACCAGAUGCACAAAUAUAAGAUGGGGACACCUGGGUUACUAGCAGUUCAUGUGAAAAGGGUCUAGGUGGACCACAAGCUUAAUAUGAGUCAACAGUGUGAUGCAGCAGCAGCAGCAGCAGCCAACCCCCCCCCCCCCAACUAGUGCUAUUUUCAGAUGCAUCAACAGAAAUGUAGUGUCUAGAUCAAGAGAAGUAAUGGUACCACUCCAUUCUGCCUUGGUCAGAUCACACUUGGAAUACUGUGUCCAGUUCUGGGCGCCACAAUUUAAGGAGGAUGUUGACAAGCUGGAAGGUGUGCAGAGAAGGGCAGCCAAGAUGAUCAAGGGUCUGGAAACCAAGCCUUAUGAGGAAUGGUUGAAGGAGCUGGGUAUUUGUAGCCUGAAAAAGAGAAAGCUGAGAGGAGAUAUGAUAGCCAUCUUCAUAUGUCUUAAGGGCUGUCACGUGGAUGAUGGAGCAAGCUUGUUUUCUCCUGCUCUGGAGGGUAGGACUCGAACCAAUGGCCUCAAGUUACUAGAAAUAAGAUUCUGACAGUAAUCUCAUUUCUGACAGUAAGAGCUGUUUGACUGUGGGAUGGACUCCCUCAAGAGGUUGUGACUCUCCUUCCUUGGAGGUUUUUAAGCAGAGGUUGGAUGGCCAUCUGACAUGGAUGCUUUAGUUGAGAUUCCUGCAUUGCAGGGGGUUGGACUAGAUGACCCUUUGGAUCCAUUCCAACUCUCUGGUUCUAUGAAAUUAAAGAUUUUUAACAGAUUAGAUUCUUAGAUGUAUACCUAGGCUAUUUAAGUGUGUACCUACAAAUCUAGAAAGUGUGUGCACUGAACGUGUCAUUGCAGGCACUUCUACAGGAGCAUUCACAAAAAAGGCAGAAUUGUCUGACACAUGUAAUGUGAAAUGGCCCUAAGGCUGUAAUCUUAAAGAUCUAAACUAGGAUAUGGAGAGGGAUUAUUGAUUAGUUUUUGUAUCUGUUUUUAUUAUGUAUUUUGUGUUCUCAUUUUUAUGUUCUGAACCGCCCUGUGAUCUUUGGUUGAACAGCGGUAUACAAAUUUAAUAAAUAAUAAUAAUAAAUAACAUGAACUUUG